AUGCUUUUUGCUUCCUUAGUCUAUGUGUGUAAAACAUUUUGCUUCCUCAAUGUGUGCCUUUACAACAUUUUUGCUCCCUCCCUCUAUGACUUUACAGCUUUUUGCUUCCUCCCUUUAUGUCUUUACAACAUUUUUGCUCCCUCCCUCUGUGACUUUACAGCUUUUUGCUUCCUCCCUUUAUGUCAUUACAACAUUUUUGCUCCCUCCCUCUGUGACUUUACAGCUUUUUGCUUCCUCCCUUUAUGUCAUUACAACAUUUUUGCUCCCUCCCUCUAUGACUUUACAGCUUUUUGCUUCCUCCCUUUAUGUCUUUACAACAUUUUUUCUCCCUCCCUCUAUGACUUUACACGUUUUUGCUUCCUCCCUUUAUGUCAUUACAACAUUUUUGCUCCCUCCCUCUAUGACUUUUACACCUUUUGCUUCCUCCCUUUAUGUCAUUACAACAUAUUUUUUGCUCCUCCCUCUGUGACUUUACAGCUUUUUGCUUCCUCCCUUUAUCUUUUUUGCUUCCUCCCUUUAUGUCUUUACAACAUUUUUUCUCCCUCCCUCUAUGACUUUACACGUUUUUGCUUCCUCCCUUUAUGUCAUUACAACAUUUUUGCUCCCCUCCCAUAUGACUUUACACCUUUUGCUUCCUCCCUUUAUGUCAUUACAACAUUUUUGCUCCCUCCCUCUGUGACUUUACAGCUUUUUGCUUCCUCCCUUUAUCUUUUUGCUUCCUCCCUUUAUGUCAUUACAACAUUUUUGCUCCCUCCCUCUGUGACUUUACAGCUUUUUGCUUCCUCCCUUUAUGUCAUUACAACAUUUUUGCUCCCUCCCUCUAUGACUUUACACCUUUUUGCUCCCUCCCUCUGUGACUUUACAGCUUUUUGCUUCCUCCCUUUAUGUCAUUACAACAUUUUUGCUCCCUCCCUCUGUGACUUUACAGCUUUUUGCUUCUUCCCUUUAUGUCUUUACAACAUAUUUGCUUCCUCCCUUUAUGUCUUUACACUAUUUUCUCCUCCCUCCCACUAUGUCUUUACAACAUUUUCUCCUCCCUCCCUCUAUGCCUUAUACAGCAUUUUUGCCAUCUCCUUUUAUGUCUCGAUUAAUACCGGCCAAAUAAAAGAUUUUCGUUCCGUUUCGUGUUUAGGAUAG